AUGCGUACAGACUUGUUAUUAGUUAACGCUUUAACUCACCUAGUAAAUGCUAAAUCCUUUUCAUUACAAAGUUCUGGGGAAAAUUCACUGUUUCUCUAUAUGUUCAAAUCAUUCUACUUGUCUUUUGAGACAACGUUUAUGAUUUACGGGAAAUUGUCAGCAACCGGAGACCUUCUUGUGACUCCCCCAGAUGCAAAAGACGUAUUUUGUGAAGCGAUUGCAACUCCCAAUGCAUGCAUUCAACGGAAGAUUUUUAGCCAUCAGUCAUCUACUUUUCCACUUGGUGCCUACUUUCCACAAAUUGCCCAUUUAUCUGGCUUGUUACUCGCUUAUGUGGUUUUGAGGAAUUCUAAAGUUAUGUUUUCUUCUUCCAAAACAGUCGUUGGCGUCUGGUUUGAAAGAAAAAUUCGUUGCACAGAACUUCUUAUUCCCAAGCAAAACGUCUUUUUUGGGGAUAAAGAAGGACUAUUCUGGCCCUCUCUUAAUCAGGGUUGCAAUAACGUUGCAUACUCAAUUAAUUCAACUAUCUACGUGGAUUUGUGGUUUGUUGUACAACUUAAAUUUCCUCCUUCAAAGUCAUAUAAAGAGAAAAAACGGCGUUCACCUUGUAUAACGCUUCUGUCCGACAAACUGGUAACUAUGCUUUUUCCAUCGGUGGCUGAACAAAAUUCAUCUUCUACUAGCGAUUUACAAGUUAAGUGA